AUGAGAAAGAAGGAUCCGCCGCACCCUCCUAUCCCUGAUGUCCACUGGUCCAUGGAUAUGACGUGGACCUUGCUGUCAGAGGUCAUGAAAGACGAGAGCAGGCUUGUUUUAGCACUUGGGAAGCGGGUCAAGAAGGAGAAUACAUCUGGUGAUGGCAAGAUUACUGUUUUUCAACGUAUUGGAUCUAUCGUGCUGCGAGACAGCUACAAGCCUGAAGUUGAAUAUCAAGCAUUUUCUAAUUCAAGUAGCCCUUAG